UAUUAUUAAUUCUAUCUUAAACAGGACAAAGUGUAGAAACACAGAAUAAAGCUCCUGAAGCGACUGAGAUCCACGUGACACACACUUAUAAAGAUGGCGUUUAUUAAAGAGGAGAGUGAAGACGUGAACAUUGAAGAAACAUUCAGAGCUGAACGUGAAGAUGCUGAGAAACAAACAGACUUGAUAGCACUGAAAGAAGAGAGUCAAGAACCUCAAGAGAAGGAUCGAAAUGAAAAACAGCAUGAUCUCAAAACGGAAGAAGAAUCGAUUAGUUGCUCACCAACUGGAAAGACUUCCUCACCAAAAAAAGCUCAAACUACACCGAGUACAAACCUUCAUUGCUACAGUAGAGUUCAGAGUUACACCUGCGAAAAAUGUGGACAAAUUUUCAAUCAGAAAGGAAGCCUUGCAAUGCACAUGAAAUUUCACCUUGAAAAGAAACCUUCAAUAUGCCCUCAGUGUGGAAAGAGUUUUACAAGGAAACAAUAUCUUAAUGUCCAUAUGAGAGUUCACACUAGAGAGAGACCUUGCACCUGCAAACUGUGUGGAAAGAGUUUCUCGAAAGAAUAUUUUAAGGUUCACAUGAAAAUUCACACUGAAAAGAAACCUUCAAUAUGCUCUCAGUGUGGAAAGAGUUUUACAGAGAAAAAAUCCUUAAAACCUACAUGA